GCCCAAGCCGCGCACGCCCACAUCUUCAGCCAACCCAGCACCGAGCCCUACCGCAACAACCCAUGGGCGCUGUACCGCGCCCUCGACGAAUACAGCCAGACGCGACACCUGAUGAACUUCAAGGAAACCAAGCUCCGCGUCGCGCAGCAGCACCUCGAGUCCAUGCAGCCCAAACCCAAGACCGUCAUCGAGUUCGGGACUUACAUCGGCUGCUCCGCCAUCGCGUGGGCGGCCAUCCUGCGCGAUCUGCACGGGCCGUCCGCGGACAACGACAUCCACAUCUACACCUUCGAGGUGAGCGAGUCCAUCGCCCAGGUGGCGCGGGACUUCAUCGAGCUCGCGGGCCUGCAGGAGGUCGUGCACGUCCUGGUGGGACCGGCGUCGGAGUCUCUGCGUGGGUUGGUCGAGCAGGGCAAGAUCACCCCCGGCGGCGUCGACAUGGCGUUCUUCGAUCACUGGGAGAAGUUCUAUCUCUCGGACCUGCAGCUGUCUGAGGAGCUGGCGCUGUUCCAUGUCGGGUCGAAGGUCAUUGCGGACAAUACGGAUAUUCCCGGCGCGCCGGAUUAUCUGGAGUAUGUGAGGGCGGGGGGCAAGGGAGGGGAGGGUGAGGUAAGAUAUACGACUCGGUCGUUUGAGACGGAGCAUAGGGUGCAGGGACGGCCGAAUAUUGUGGAAGUGACAGACGUCGUGGCUGUCCGGUCAUGA